GUCCUAACAGUGGCGCUAUCCUUAUUUUGUGUGUUUCCGGGUCAAGGCAGUUUAUUCUGUUUUGAAGUCGCGAGGCAAAGACGGUCAACUGUACAACUUCCUGAAUGCAGACAAUACGAACGUCCUUCAUAUGAGAUAUAUUUGAUCGUCAUUACUUACUAGCUAGUAGUUGUGUAAUAAAAUCGUGUGUGCGAGACUGGUGUUUUGGUUUACGUAUCCUCUAGUUUUGGUAGGAACGUGCGCUGGGUAAAGAGAAUGUUGAGGCCACGGUCACGAUCGCCCCACUAUUCUCACAGAGUUAGUCCGCGCAGGCAGGAUGGUCGUCGGUUCCCCUGGGACGACCCAGACUUCAACCCCCAGCAGGUGUUGGCUGACCUGGGCAGGCUGCCUGGGGAGGAUCAGUGGGUUCGCUUCAUGGACGAGAUCCACCCAGAUGGCCCAGAGGGCCACAGAAGACCUGUGUCCCCAGGCCUCCACAGGCUUGACCACCACCUCCCCUCAGAGGAAUUCCACCGUCGCAGAAUCCCACCGGCACCUCACGAGCUGGGCUACGCCGAGCGCAGAAGGCUCUCCCCCCAUGAUGGCAGAGGGUGUGGCAGGGGAAAAGGAAGCGGGAGCGAAGGGCUGCCCCACUCCCCUCAGAGGCUACCCAGAGAGAAGCUGCCAUCACUGGCCCCGCAGCACCCUCACUACAGUCCUGACCACCACCAGAUAGUGUCCUCUGCAGGCUGGAGAAGAGAAGAGCAGGACCAGAGCCAGGGAAGGUCCAGGGACCGCAGCCCCAGGGAGAGGGUUCAGGGUGGAGGGAAGGGGGAGAGGAGGGGUGGAGAUUUUCCAGGUCCCUAUGGAGACCGAAGCAGAGAUGACAUGCAUAGAGAGAAGAGCACCAUCUCUGACCGGAACCGGAGGGAAGCUGAUGAAGCGGUGCAUCCUGGGUACGGGAAGGAGACAGAGUUUAGGGUGCGCCGCCCCUCGUUGGAGAGGCCCCGGGAAGGGUACGGAGGAGGAGGGCCACGGGGGCGCAGGGGCCCCUCAGGUAGCCACGAUGGCCAGGGGCCUGGAACCCUCAUCGUGGAGCAUGACCAUGGUAUUAUAAACAGCAGAGGGCCAGAACUCUACGACAACCAGAGGGGCCGUGGCCCCGACCAGAGCCCAAGCCACGACCGAUUCAGUCACCGUCACCACCGGGCCAGAGCCACUGAGGAGCGGUUCAGGAAGUCGGGUAGCAGGUCCAAUACCAGAGAAGAGGCCAGGGGUCGGCUUGACCAUGAGGAGAGGAGAGGGCCUGUCCAUGAGGAGAGGAGAGGGCCUGUCCAUGAGGAGAGGAGAGGCCCUGUCCAUGAGGCGAGGAGAGGCCCUGUCCAUGAGGCGAGGAGAGGCCCUGUCCAUGAGGCGAGGAGAGGCCCUGUCCAUGAGGCGAGGAGAGGCCCUGUCCAUGAGGCGAGGAGAGGCCCUGUCCAUGAGGAGAGGAGAGGCCCUGUCCACGAGGAGAGGAGAGGCCCUGUCCAAGAGGAGAGGAGAGGCCCUGUCCACGAGGAGAGGAGAGGCCCUGUCCACGAGGAGAGGAGAGGCCCUGUCCACGAGGAGAGGAGAGGCCCUGUCCACGAGGAGAGGAGAGGCCCUGUCCACGAGGAGAGGAGAGGCCCUGUCCACGAGGAGAGGAGAGGCCCUGUCCACGAGGAGAGGAGAGGCCCUGUCCACGAGGAGAGGAGAGGCCCUGUCCACGAGGAGAGGAGAGGCCCUGUCCACGAGGAGAGGAGAGGCCCUGUCCACGAGGAGAGGAGAGGCCCUGUCCACGAGGCGAGGAGAGGGCCUGUACACGAGGAGAGGAGAGGGCCUAUACAUGAGUCCAGAAGAAGCCCUGAUCGUCAUGGGAGAGCCAGCCCCAUGGGCUUCCAAGAUAGAGGUAGUCCCACAGAGCCCAGGGCCAGAAACAGUGCAUUCCGAGGGGAGAGGGGGGCCCCAGCCCAGGGUGGCAAGAGACAGAUGGGGCCCUCCAUGAACCAGCCCCAGCCUCUAAUUCAGGGAAUGCAGGGGUACCGACCCCGGGAUGCCAUCCCCCAGCACUCCCCUCCGGAGCACCAGGGGUACCAACCCAGGGGAGGCGUCUGGGACAUGGAGCCCAGAGAGGAGGCGCCCGGUUGGGCAGAGGUGAGCGACAAGGAGCCCCGCUGCGAGAAGGACCGGGGACCAGGGCCGCGAGGAGGCCGUCCGCCAGCACAGGGCAGGAUGGAUCCUAGGAAACCUCAGCAUAGUGAUCUCUACCCCAACUGGAACCAACAGCAGAACGAUAUGAGAAUGCCUCGCUUGGGCGCCGGCGAGAAGGAGACGCUCACCAUCAAGGUGGACAUGAACCGGCCUGUGGGCCAGAACAGCCAGCUGUGCUACUCCUCAGACCGCCAGCUGUCGUUGGAUCUGGUCAACGUGGGCCGCCAGCGCCUAGACUUCCUGCCCAUGCUAGAGCAUUCUGGGACGUACCGGGAAUCCGCAAUGCACUCUGGGACUUUCGCCCAGGAGAUCAUCACCCUGGUGCACCAGGUCAAAGAGCAUUACUUUAGAGCUGAUGGUGUGACACUGAACGAGCGUUUCUCUGGCCCCCAAGAUGGAGGUCUGCCUGAGGAGGAGGAGCAGGAGGAAGAAGGACCAACUCUGAACAGGCUGUUCAACAUGAGUAUGUCAGAACCUGAUAUGGAACCUGUCUUCUCUAAAGUUGGCCGCAUGCAGAGGCAGCAGCAGGCAGUGAGAGAUCCCGGAGACCUGAGACAUGACCUGGAGAGGAGGAGACAGGAGAGGCUGGAGGGAGUGAAGGUCACCAUACCUGGAGGCAGGCUCUCACAGCACCCCCUGGCUGCCGGGAGUGACCAUCAGGGGGGGUAUGGUAGAGAGGAAGACGAGGAACAGGAGGGCUUUUCAGGCUGGUCAGGCCCACCACGAAGAGGGAGGAGGUGGCCUGGAGACAUGGGGGGUCAGAGGAGAGGUGGCAUGAUUAGACAAGACAUGGGAGACCAGCAAAGGAACAACUGGCCUCCUAAUAGCCCUUGCAACCUGCCUGGGUCAACGAGACAACAGAACCACAAUAUUAACGGUGCCAACUGGUGAAUGGAAGCUUGGAGCAAUCCAAAUGGAGUCAGUGGUUAACUGUUGAUAGGCUGUAUAUAUUAUAGAUCACACUGCUGCAGACUGACCACAGCCUGAACCACGACCACCUGACCAACUGACAUUCUGUACCACGCUGUCAAUGUAAAGCCCAUGCAAUGUAGCUGCUCUCCUGACAGAGAGAGUAAUGUGGUGGGGAAGUAAGAUGGCCAACUAAUAUUUAAAGAUGCACUAUGCAUAAAUCGUUCCACCAUUUCCUGGUUGCAAAAUGUUUGCCUAAUUUCAGUUUGUUACAAAACGAGCAAGUAUAGUGUAGAGCAGGGGUAGGUAACCGUGCUCCUGGAGUCCCGCUGGUACUGCAGGAUUUUGUUCUGUCUAGGCACCACACCUGACCAACUGACAGGGCCGGCGGCAGAACUAAUCAGUUGGACCAGCCUUUGAUAUCCAUAGGCGGGGCAUGUUUUUUCCCGGGACCAUCUUAUGUGUGCAUCCUCUUGCAUGUUCAAAUUGUAAUAGUAAAGACCAUAGGCAGCUGGUGAGUUUCAAGUUUGUGGAUGUUUCCAAUUUACCCUAGCAUUUCUACCGUUCUCAGUGCCAGUUAUGAUAGUUGUUUUAUAUGCACAUUUCUGUGCAACAGUUUCAUUUCAAUAUUUUAUUUUCUCAAUCAUUGUCACGUGGUUAAUCAUAAAAAUCUGAAAUAAAAUGAUAAAAAUGUCAAAGUUCAAAUUUAACUGAGGUGAGAGCAGCAGCCUCUGCCACAUGAACACAUUGAUACACUGUGAUCCAUUGGCGGCUAAAGAAAUGAGCUCAUAGAACUCCGAGACAGCCUAUAGGCCAAUGCAGCAGUAGGCCUGUAACCUCCAUCUCAACUAAGUAAAGCUGACAAAUAAAAACAGUAGAAAAUAA